AAACACACUGUAUAUAACACUUUUUUCUUUCGGUGGAUGGCCAGAAAAUUCUAUAUAUAACCCAGUUACUCUCUUGACCGAAACAACAAUUAUACAUUUCCAAAUCCCCGACAACUGGUCAAUCCCAGAUCGCCCAACCAUGUCUUCAAACUCUUCCUCAUCUCCUUCCAAGCUCCAAUCCUCUUCCAGUAUUGGCUCUCCUUCAACAGACCUCCCUUUAAAGCCCAUCCCAGGCAACUAUGGCCUACCCUUUUUUGGUCCCAUCAAGGAUCGCCUUGACUACUUUUACCGCCAAGGAAAAGACACCUUCUUCCAAACCCGAAUUCAAGAACACCAAUCCACUGUCUUCCGAACCAACAUGCCUCCAGGACCAUUCAUAUCCUCCAACUCUAAUGUCAUUGUUCUCCUUGAUGCUAUCAGCUUUCCCAUCCUCUUUGAUACUUCCAAAGUCCAAAAACUAAACGUUUUAGAUGGUACUUACAUGCCCUCCACAGCUUACUUUGGUGGUUAUCGUGUUUGUGCUUUUCUUGACCCGUCUGAACCCAAACAUGCCCGUCUUAAGGGCUUGUUUUUCUCUAUUCUUGCUUCUCGUCAUGAUAAAUUCAUCCCACUUUUCAGAAGCUGCUUGUCUGAGCUUUUCAUCAACAUUGAAGACCAAGUAUCUGAUAAAGGCAAAUCAUACUUCAACACCCUUAGUGAUAGCAUGUCUUUUGACUUUGUGUUUAGGCUCUUUUGUGAUCAAAACCCUUUAGAUACUAGUAUUGGAUCAAAGGGUCCGACACUCGUUGAUAAAUGGUUGUUUUUUCAACUCGCACCAUUGAUGACACUGGGGUUACCAAAGUUGUUUAACAUUCUUGAAGAUUUACUACUCCAUUCAAUCCCAUUACCACCUUUUCUCGUUAAAUCUAGCUAUAAGAAGCUUUAUAAUGCAUUUUAUGAGUCUAUGUCGUCUUCCAUCUUUGACGAAGCUCAGCAACGUGGGAUUAAAAGAAAUGAAGCUUGUCAUAAUUUAGUAUUUAUGGCUGGUUUCAAUGCUUAUGGUGGAAUGAAAACUUUGUUUCCUGCUUUGAUCAAGUGGGUUGGCUUAGCAGGAGAAAAGUUACACCGUCAAUUGUGUGAUGAGAUUAGGACCAUUGUUAGAGCUGAAGGUGGGGUUACUUUAUCAGCGUUGGAUAAGAUGACGCUGACUAAGUCAGUGGUUUAUGAAGCACUAAGGAUUGAGCCUCCAGUUCCAUUCCAAUACGGUAAGGCAAAGGAAAAUUUGGUAGUCAAUAACCAUGAUGCUGCUUUUGAGAUCAAGAAAGGGGAGAUGAUCUUUGGAUAUCAACCAUUUGCUACUAAAGAUCCAAAGGUUUUUGAGAAUCCUGAGGAGUUUGUGGGCCAUAGGUUUGUGGGGGAAGGAGAGAAGCUUUUGAAGUAUGUUUAUUGGUCAAAUGGGAGGGAGAUUGAUGAUCCUACGGUGGAGAAUAAGCAGUGUCCAGGAAAAGAUUUGGUGUUGUUGUUGUCUAGGGUAAUGUUGGUGGAGCUUUUCCUCCGUUAUGAUACAUUUACGAUCGACGCUGGAACACUGCCAUUGGGAUCAUCAGCCACAAUCACUUCGUUGACUAAGGCUACGAGUAUUUGAUCUUGGUCAACUAUAGGUCCUUUCGUUCAUUACUCGUGUUUGGAUUAGUUCAUUUUUUUUUUAUUUGUUGAAAUUGGAUGAAAGUCCUGUGUACUUAUAAUUGAGAAAAAAAAAAUGUUUAAAAAAAUAAUUGAGUACUAUCGUACUAUCAUAUAUAAAAUUGGUCAUUCUUAGUUGUGAUAAAUUGUUUUUAGGUAAAUAGUGGGAGGAGUGAGAUAAGGUUUGAAUCUCAAACGUUGAGGCUGGAAUGUUGU